AUCUUGAUCCAUCUCUUUCUCUUACAUCAUCAUCCCAAGUGCGUGUGUUCUUUUUUCUUUCCCAUGCUGUUGAAAAAAGCCACUCCUUUUCUUGUUCAAACUUCAAGCCCACCCAAGACGUUGCGCACACCUCUCUCUGUCCAAACCCAUUUCCAUCUUCUUGAUCCUCCUCCUCCUCCUCCAACAUCCCAGUUUCAACGCCUCUCUCUCUCUCUCUCUCUCUCUCUCUGUCAAAUUCUUGGAAGCUUGACGGAAGAAGGGGAAGAAAAGGGUUAGGAGGAGGACCAGAUGAAGAUCCAGUGCGACGUGUGCAUCAAGGACGAGGCGUCCGUGUUCUGCACCGCCGACGAGGCAGCGCUCUGCGGGGGGUGCGACCACCGCGUCCACCACGCCAACAAGCUCGCCUCCAAGCACCAGCGGUUUUCCCUUCUCUGUCCUUCCCCUAAGGAAUUCCCUCUCUGCGACGUCUGCCAGGAGAGGCGAGCGUUCUUGUUCUGUCAACAGGACCGGGCCAUUCUCUGCAGGGAGUGCGAUCUUCCGAUACACACGGCCAACGAGCAUACCAAGAAGCACAACAGGUUCUUGCUCACGGGAGUGAAGCUCUCCGCUACAUCGGAAGUCUACGCAUCUGCUGCCGGUAGCGCCUCCCCGUCCAACGGAUGCGAUGUCGUCCCCGACUUCAAGUCCGAGGCAUCAUCCUCAAUCAAGAAGCCGGUCUCUGUUUCUGCGACGCUCUCGGGCCCUCGAAAGGCAGCGGCGAGCGCGGCAUCGGCAGCGGCGGCUGCAUCCGCAGCGGUGGUGAACAACAAGGAUGGAAGCAACAACAGUCUGUUGGGCGACCAGGAAAGUGGUUCGAACGGGUCAACGAGUAGCAUAUCAGAGUACUUGAUAGAGAUGCUGCCAGGCUGGCACUUUGAGGACUUUCUUGAUUCCUGCUCUGCUUCCUUUGGUUUCUGUAAGAAAGACGAUGGUUUAUUGCCAUUCACGGACAAUGAUCUUGAGAGUGAAAUGAGUUCCUUCCCAUCUGAAAAUUUGGGAAUUUGGGUCCCUCAAUCUCCAAACCCAGUGUGGUCUAGUCAGUUCUCUUACCAAAAUGGUGGGAUCACAGGAGGAUUCAAGCAGACAAAAGAGCCUGCAACCAUGAGACCCGGCAAGAGGUGGAAUGAUGAUGUCUUUGCAGUUCCAGAAAUCAGUCCUGCAUCCGCUGGAUUCAAGAGAUCUAGACCCUCUUGAUUGAAUUAGGAAGUUGGUGCUAUCCAUUUUGUGAAAAAGAAGAAGAAGAAGAAGAGGAAGAUGAAAGCCUCAAGCUAAUAUUUUUCUAACAUGGCUUUGAGUUUCCCUCUACUUUCUUAACCUUUACCUUCAUGUUUGAUCUGUUCUAAGUUUGAUCUUCCCUUGGUUUCUCCUUGUGAUUGACCCUCCCUGGGUUAGGUCUCAUAAUUUUGUCCCUUUUUUGCUCUGUACUGGCGCAAGUGCUUGUAUAUAGUUACUACUGAACUUUAACCGUGCUUUUCUGCCAACUAGUGGAAAUCUCUCGUUUAGUUUAGCACGAAAAUUGGGUUUGCCAUCCGUCUUUCCUUUCUCCUACUUUUAUCUGGGCCAAAUGACCAUUGUCUGACUCAAGUACAUUCAAGAGAAUUCAGGACAAGGAAAGGUAAUCUGCAAUCAUGACUACAAAAAGAAGUUAAGAGGGACAACACAAUCUCUGUUUUUGGUAGGGUCCUGUUUGUAUUAUUAGGAAUGUCACUGUUUGUAGUGGAAGAGGAUGGGAUACAUUGAAAGUGGUGACCAUGGUGGUGAUGGUUAUGACGUGGGGAUCAGACAGAAAAGAUUGGAAGGGGGAGGGUUCAAAGUAGGGUGUGACGAGCGGCAUUUGUCUGCAUUUAGAAAAAAUUCUUUCAUAGCAAGUCCUAAUUAUCUUUGCACUGCCAUGUAAAGCACACUGUAUCAGAGGGAUAAGCUCAACUGCUUUGUUCUCCCCUCUUCUUUUUGCCCUUUCAUCGUCAUGUACUGUGAUGAUAAAUAUGACAUGUAUCUUUGUGUCA